UGUAUGGGGCCAAUCCUAGCCAUUGGUUCUGGGAGAGUACGAUCACUAGAAGAGUAGUGUUUGAUGAUCGCUGGAAAGAUGGAAGAGAGCACCUUGAUCAUGUCCUUCUCCUCGAUAGCUCGCUUUCCUCCAUCUCCAUAUGUGCUCGCGAUGCCAUGGAAUUAGGGUUUAUAUUAUGGAGCAUGGCUGAGGCGCUGCGACGGUGGCAAUGGCCUUCCCCAGCGCGAGGAUUAGGGCUUGGCGGAGCGCAUUUGGAGGCCUACGUCGCGGAUUCGACGAGGCCGCUGCUGUGCAGGAGAUUCUGGGCCAGGCGCCGGCGCUAGCGCGCUCGUCUCUCGAGAUUCCAUCGCAAGAGGCGCUGGGAGACAUCUUGGCGCUGUUAGACGCGGCGUCCAAGUUCGUGAGUGACAAUGUGGCCCUCAGCAAAGCUUCCAUUCUGGUGGUGGAUUUGAUAUCCUCCGCCCAGCUCGAAUUUCGAAAGGAGUCGGCUGCUCAGGUUUUUAGUUUUCUUCGCGGAGCGAUUGAGCAGGGAGUGUCGAGCAUCCAGAAGGCUGGCCUCGAGAACCAUCCUUGCGAUCACGUCUUUGAGACUGUCAACGCUCUUGCGUUCUUCGUUCACGGUCAUGGACAGCAUCUAUCAUCCGACGAAGCAAACGCUCUUGUGCUCGGACUUGUGCCGUUGGUGGCGUCCACGCGCAACUCAGUCAGAGCACGUAAAGGAGGGCGAUUUGAUUCCAGCGUUUACACUGCUAUUGCGAAUGUCUUUACUCGGGCUGGAUCUCUUGUUACCAAAGAUACCUGGCAAAAAGUCGUGCAGGCUUUUCGCAAAGUGCUGGACCAGGUUGGAGUUGAACUUUUAGAAGAGACCGCGGCUUCCAGGUAUUACGCCGCAAUCUUACGUGCCCUGCAUAUUGUUUUCUCUGAUGCUAAAGCUCCCCUUGAUGACAACAUCGGUGGUUUUGUGGCCGUGCUGCGCAUGUUUGUGUCAUACGGUCUUCCCGGAAAUCGCACUCGAGCUUUCCCCGAUGCAACAGUCCCAUCACCUCGAAGUUCACAGGCAGCACCUCAAGAAGUUUUGAAAGGCAAAGGCAGCAGUUUGUACAGGCCUCCACAUUUGCGUUCUCGGAUGCAAGAUGGUGGAGAGUCUAGCAGUCCAAGCUUGGACUCAGACAAACGAACGCUAUUUUCAGAUUCGGAACAAAGUGAUAACGAUAAUUCGCAAGAGACUGACCAAUUCAGAAGCUCGAAGGCUCGGACAAACGCAAUUCUUUGUAUCCAAGCCAUAGCUCGAGCUGACCCGAAAUCUCUGCAUGCACAUUGGACGUUACUGCUACCAACUCAUAACGUUUUACAUCCACGUCUGUAUCAACCAACAUUGGUAACAACACUAAUUUUUGAUCCAGUUUCAAAGACCCGUCUUGCUGCAGCGUCUACGAUUUCUGCUUUAUUGGAAGGUCCAGCCAAAGCUUUUCUCCAAGUAGCAGAGUACAAGGACUCGGGAAAAGCCGGCUCGUUUACAACAUUGUCCACAUCCCUUGGGCAGAUCAUUGUCCAACUUUAUACAGGACUGCUUCAUUCGGUUUCAAAUGAGUCUCAAUCUGGCGUUCUUGUUGCGAUAUUAAAAGCCUUGUCACUACUCGUAUCUUCUAGCCCAUUCGAUCGUCUUCCAAUAGGAGUACUGAAUGACGUUAUCAACACUGUACACAAAAGAAUAUUUGAGCUUACACCCUCUUCCGAUCAGACACUUUUGGUUCCAGGACUUAGCUGUUUGUCUGUAGCUUUGGCGGCUUCUUCAGGAUCGUCACAAGUCUUGAGCUCUAUACUCGAGCAGAAUCAAGUUUCUAAAAAGUCAGUACUAGCAAAUUUAAUCUAUCUUGCAAGAGCGUCACCAUUUUCAGGUGUUCGUAUCGAAGCUCUCCAGGCAUUGAAGGCUGCUGUCCACAGUCACUCUACUUUGGCUUCUCUUUACUGGAAUGAACUAGCGGAGGUGGUUCACGAAGUCAUAGAGCAUGAAAGCGCUACACAUAUUACUGAGGUUCCAUGUCCAGUCGGGAAUUUUCGGGCCGUGGAUGAAAAAACUGUAUAUCAUUCGCUAAAGCUUUUAGACGAGUUGCUGCGAGUGUUAUCUGGUUUCAACGGUGCAGACGAUAUGUUCGACUUUCCAACAACAUCGCCGAGUCCGUCUUUGGUGCCUCAACCAAUAAAGCUGCUAACUGCUACUGGAAGAACUGUUCAGAAUGUCCCCGAUAAGCUCGAUCCUGCAGCAUCUCAGUGGCUUGAAGUCAUGAAUAAGUUUCUUCCACUAGUACUGUACCACGGUACCCCUAUGGUCCGAGCAGCUGCAUUAACCUGUUUUGCCGGUCUAACACCAGGCGUCUACUCUAACUUAUCAGAGAAACACCAGGAGUACAUAUUGUCCACUGUCAUAAAUGCGGCUAUUAGAGAUGAUACAGCAUCUGUACGCUCGGCAGCUUCCAGAGCAAUUGGAGUUUUAGUGGGCUGUAGUGAGAUCGUUGAAAGGAAUCAAAGAUUAAACUCCGUCGUUGCCACUAUCCAGGCUGCUAUCUCAGAUGCUGCCUUAUCGGUACGAAUCACGUCUUGCUGGGCUUUAGCAAAUAUCUGUGACGCCUUCUGCAAAAGCUUUGAAAAUGGAUUCCCAUCUAUUGCCCGUGACUCGAAAUUAUUGACUACUUUGGCAGAGGUUGCACUGAAGGCAGCUAAAGAUGGAGAUAAGGUCCGCGCAAAUGCCGUCAGAGCAUUGGGCAACCUUGCGAAGUUUGCAGACUUCUCUGACGGCGUUGCGACCGAUGAAAACCGGAGUCCACCACUUUUAUGGCUGGGGCGCAUGGUCCAGACGCUGGUGUCGUGCAUCACAACAGGCAACGUGAAGGUUCAAUGGAAUGUGUGCCACGCACUCGGUAAUUUAUUUCUCAACAGAACCAUUUCUCUACCAGAGAUGCCAUGGUCUUCUUCGGUGUUUAGCAUCUUGCUGCUGCUUUUACGCGAUUCUGGAAACUUCAAAAUCCGUAUACACGCGGCAUCUGCAUUGGCUGUUCCCAGCUGUCGGGAUGACUUUGGCGAAUCCUUUGGUGAUGUCCUUCACGGGCUAGUCCAUGCGCUCGAGUCACUAGACUCUGGCAAAACUGCGCCAUCGAGUUUUAAAUACAUGUCAACACUAUCAGAGCAGCUAGACACAACACUCCUCCAAAUCCUUUCAUAUGCAAGCCCUGAGGACUACUGCUCGCUCAAGGACUUCUUACACAAGCGUGCGGCGUUUCUACACGGCUGGCUACAUUCCUUACUGAGAUCGCCGGCACCAAACUUAGAAGGACUCGAAAGAGUGAGUACGAAGCAAACGCAGGCUCUCCAAGCAGCUCAAGCGCUGGGCAGCUUGUUUUCCAGUGGAGGAGACAAAACUUUACAGGAGAGAUUUGAGAACCUGCGAGUAAGCUGACUCGAUCGAGCCAAACCAAAAAAAAUAUCCAAAGUCUGUCCAUCCAGAACGAACCAGGUAGCAAACACAGUGAUUGAUGUAAUGGAACGUAACUUUGAUACAAGUCUCGGAUAAAAGCAUGGAUAUUUUCGA